AUGGCCUCAACCAAUGCUCAACUUACAUCCGCCCCACCUUAUGUGGCGGCCGCCAUCUCUGCUAUUGUUUUCGCAAAACUGUCAGAUCGCUUCUACUGGCGCAUGCCUUUCGUGGUCAUACCGAUGGGCAUCGUUACUAUUGCUUAUAGCGUCAUAAUCUCGCUCAAUGGCGCUCUUGCGGCAAAGAAAGGAGUGGCUUAUUUCGCUAUAGUCUUGGCAGUCGUUGGUAUCUAUCCCAUCCAAGCUGCGGCCGCCUCCUGGAAUGCCAAUAACAUUGCACCGGCUUCUCGAAGGAAUAUAGGAAUCGCCAUGAUGAAUGCCUGCGGCAAUGUCGGUGGUAUUGUGGGCAGUUACAUGUACCUCGAAAGUGAGAAGCCAAAGUACUACACCGGCUUUGGUCUCAGUUUGGCCUUUGGCGCCACCGGCAUGGUUGUUGCAUUGCUGCUUGAGUGGAGCUUCAAGAUCACUAAUGCGAGAAAGGCCAGGAUUGCUGACGAGGCCAGACUCAAGUACACCGAAGAUGAGCUCUUUGAUAUGGGAGACAAGUCUCCUCUCUUCAAGCAUGUCCUAUAA